GCGUCGGCCCAGAGUGCGCAGAGCUGUCAUAUCGGCCACAUCGCCGGCGAGGAGGAUGGCGGCGGCGCGGACGGCGACGCUCGCGGCCGGUCGCCCAGGUUGGGCCCGUCGCUGAGCAGCGGCUUCCUGAACGCCAUCGAGGCGCGGCUGGGCGACGCCAUCUGGGACGCCUUCCCGCUCUAUCUCCGCGCCAUCGGCAUCACGGUCCAGAUGGGCCGGUCCGUGGAGGAGACCAAGCGCCUCAUGGCCCGCCACCUGCGCGCCAACGGCCUCCAGCGUCACGGCGUGCCAGACGUGCUGGAUGGCGGCGGCGAGCCCGGCGACGGCCCCGCGCCGUGCUGGGAGAUCGUGCAGUCGCCGCUCGGAGGCCGCGGCGUCAUCGCCACCCGCGACCUGCACCCCGGCGACCUGGUGCUGGUCGACGCCCCGCUCGUGCUGGGGCCGCGCGCUGGGAGCGACCCCUCCAUCCCGGCCGUGUGCGUGGGGUGCCUGCAGCCGCGCGCGUCCGAGGCCCUGCGGGCGUGCUCGCGGGGCUGCAGGCUGCCGGUGUGCGCCUCGAGCGCGCUGCAGGGCACCGCCUGCGAGGACGACCCCCGCCACGUGGCCGAGUGCGCGCUGCUGCGGCGCUGGGGCGUCAAGGGCGACGCCGGCCGCUGGUCCGACGUCCUGCUCCGCGUCGCCUCCGCCGUGCGCUGCCUCGCCCUGCCGCCCGACCAGAGGGAGAUCCUGGCCUCGAUGCAGAGCCACUACGGCAGGCAGCACGCCUCCGAGGUCGGCACGCUGCUGGAGUGCCUGGAGAGCAGCCCCAAGCCGGAGGAGGAGCGCUUCAUGCGCCUGGCCUGCUGCGUGAUGGACGCCAACGCCUUCAGGAUGACGCUGCCCGCCGCGGAGGACGCGGCCCGGGACGCCGCCAGGCGCGCGGCCGCCGCCCACACCGGCGAGACGUGGACGCCGUUCGUGGGCGCGCUCCGCGGCCUGUACCCGCUCGGCGCCCUGCUGAACCACGAGUGCACGCCGAACACGAGGCACGCCUACGACGCCCGCGGCCACAUGGUGAUCCGCGUGGCCCGGCCCGUGGCCGCGGGGCAGGAGCUCACCGUCACCUACUCGGCCCUGCUGUGGGGCUCGCCCGCGCGCCGCCAGCACCUGCUCCGCACCAAGCACUUCCUGUGUGCCUGCAGUCGCUGCAAAGACCCCGCGGAAGGCGGCACGUUCCUGGCGGCGCUGCCCUGCCCGUCGCGGGGCUGCGGGGGCCCGGUGCUGCCCACCGCGCCGCUGUCGCUGACGGGGCCCUGGCGCUGCGCGGGGUGCGCGCUGGACGUGCCCGCCGAGCGCGCCACGCUGCUGCAGUCCGUGCUGGGCGGCCUGCUGCAGACGCUGUACCUGAACCCCGCCGUGCCGCCGCAGCCCGGCGCCAUCCUGCGCUUCCUCCAGGACAACCGCCACCUGCUGCCCGCCACCAACCACAUCACCGUCGAGCUCAAGUCGGACGUGGUGUGGUCGCUGGGCCGGAAGCCCGGGAUGACCUUUUCGGAGUUGUCCGAGGAGCAGCUUCGCCUCAAAGAGGCGCUGGUCCACGAGCUGCUCGGGGUGCUGCGGGCCCUCCAGGCGGGCAGCUGCUCGCUCUCAGGCAUGCUGCAGUACGAGCUGCACUGUACGCUGAUGGAGCGGUGUCGCCGCGACUCGGAGCUGUGGCCGGUCGUGGCCGGGGACGCGCUCCACGCCAUCGAGCAGGCGGACGAGGUCCUCGCCGAGGACAACGCCGCGCCGAUGGACCUGGCGGAACGGCUGCGACAGGCCAGGCUGCUGCCACCGCCAUCGGCCCCACCGGCAGUCCCUCACGCUCACGCCCCUCACUCUCGCGUGGUGGAGGCGUGCGCGCCC